AUGACCACCCCCAAACCCACCACACACCAAGCCCCAACAAACCUCCGCGACGCCCAAUCCCUCCUCACAACCCACUGGCGGCCCCAGCACAUCCUCACAGCCAACAACACCCACUCCUUCAAGAUUGCCACGAUCUCCAACUCCUUCAUCUGGCACGCCCACCCCAACACUGAUGAAGUAUUCUACGUUAUCUCCGGCGGCCCUCUGAUGAUGGACAUCGCCACUGACCUCACCUCCAAACACGAAGAUCAGGGUUUUGAGACCGUGCGCAUCAAUGUAGGCGAUCUCUUCAAUGUUCCCUUGGGGUAUAGGCACCGGCCGUGGGUGGAGCAGGAGACGGGGAUCUUGAUGGUUGAGAAGGUCGGAACGGUCAAUACGGGGGAUGAGGAGGGGAGUCCGGAGGGCAAGGAGAGGACGGUGAUUGUGAGGAAGGGGGACGGUGAAGUCGCUUAG